AUGGUGACCUUUGAGUCUUUUUCUGCACAGUUUCUAAACCAGAACCUCGAUUAUUGGGAAGGGACUGCAGUCGUUAAUGGAGAGUUCAAAUAUUUGAAGAUGACUGAUUCUAGAGGUAAGCUUUUUUUCUGUGAGCUCAUAGAUACAGCUGUAACUUGGAAAACUGAGAGCCAUAUGUGAAGUCCAGUCACAGGUUUGUAAAGAUCUUGUAUGUGGCUACUAGUAAUUCUGCCAGGAGCAGUUUGAAACUUUAAUGCUUAUAAAUAUUUUCCUUUUUGUAUGUGCUAUUAUAUAAACAGAGGCCUCUGCCUGGGCUUGAAUGAACACAUAUUUGUCAGUGCACGGGCAUUGCCUGUUUGGAGAUGCACGAGGCAGAUUCAGUCAAGUGACCUGUUGUGACCAAAUACAUCUAAUGAAACAUUGGUUAAAAAUAUUAUUAUCUCUUUCAAAAACCUUCCCCUUGCUCAAUUUUUGGCAUGUUUCUGUGAUGUUUCUCAUUAUCUGUUAAUGAUUUGUCUUCUUCUUCCAGUUUUUUCUACAGAUUUUUGAUAAACCUUCCCCUUGCUCAAAUUCUUGCAUGUUCACUUGAUGUUUUUGGUCAUCUGUUGAUGAUUUGUCUUUUCUUUCCAGUUUAUUCUAAUUUGUGUUAUAUUUAUUCCUUUUUCCUACACAGGAAAAUAUCUGGUGUUCUUUUUCUAUCCCCUUGACUUGUGAGUAUUAGAUGUUAUAAUACUCUUUGACUAAAGUUUGCUGUACUUUGCAACCUUCAUGCUAUCCUGCCAAAUUAGUCAUCUCUCUGCAAUUGCUACCGAGUAGUCAACAUUGUUCUCAAGGUGACUGAUAUUAAAAGUUUCAUUAAUUGCAUACAUAUUAUUUUAAAUUGAAUCAUUACAAAUAACACCUAUUUGUUGUCAUUUGCAGCACUUUUGUUUGUCCAACAGAGAUCACUGCCUUUAGUGACAGAAUUGAAGAGUUCAGGGCAAUCAACACUGAAAUUGUUGGUUGUUCAGUAGAUUCAGUUUUUACCCAUUUGGCUUGGUAUGUUAACCCUUUACACCCUAACAUCAGUAUGUAUAUUCUCCAUUACUACUCUCUAGACAUUUCCAAGGGUUCUGACAAGGAGAAUUUGUUCAACAAUCAAGAGUUUCUUUAGUUGGUGAUCAUCUCCUUUAUUCUCAUGACCUAAAUGUUUGAUUUAGGGAUGAUGUUGUAAGGAGAAAUUAGAUGUUAGUCACUCUCAGGGGUUUAAGGGUCAAUCCUAAAUUUUAACUGAAUUUGUAACUUUAAAGGAUUUGAGAGUUUUAAGAAAACAGAGAAAGGUAUUUCCAAUUUAUAUUGAAGAUUUGUAGAAUGCCAGAAAUUAAAGUAAAAAGGAAAAAUUUCCAUUUUUGGUAAAAAAUCUACCAUAAAAUGUAUUCCAGUUUUAAGUUACAUUCAUUCUACAUGUUUGUGUUAAGUGUUAGAUUAUUACAAUAUAGUCAUCCAGGAGAGAAAACUUUUGAAUAAUUUCAUGGGUAAUGACAAAGAUAUAUAUUGCUACAGUAGUGUUCACCCUUAUUUUAAGCAUGAUUGGUAAUUUAAGGAAUUCUCAAAACAGCUAGUAGAGCAAUCCUUGUGCCUGUUGAAUUGUUAAGAAUUCCCAGAGGUACCAGAGGCAAUAAAUAAGUUCCUAUAUUCCUUUCAAUUCUAGGAUAAACACUCCAAGGAAAGAGGGUGGUCUGGGAAGGCUUAAAUAUCCUCUGUUAUCUGACUUAAACCACCAAAUUGCUAAAGAUUACAGAGUACUGCUUAAGAAUGAAGGUCACACCUUAAGGUGAGGACAUCUAUGUUUUGUAUUUCCUAAUGUUUCUGACUUUUUGUGUCUGUAAGCCAUUUUAUUUAAUUAUGAUGUGUUCAGUGUUUGUCAGCUGUGAUCAUCUAGGAAUAAUAAACAUUAUUGAAGGAAGUGGGGUGAAUAGCUGUGGAUAUUAACCAAGCUGCAAAGCAGCUAGGUAAUUAUCCACCACUUUGACACUUACAUGGAGGUAAAUAAUUAUAUUAGUAUGUACACUGUAUACACCACACAGAAAUUUUAAAAAAUCAACAAAUUUCUCUCAAUAUACAAAAAAAUGGUUGGAAAUAAAAUUUUUGAUGGAUGACUCUGUUGCCUCGGCUGCUCCAAGGUGAAGAGUACUUGUUAAUCACUUUCAAGCCAGCCAAUCAGUGCACACAAAAAGCACUAUUCAUCUGUGAGGUAUAUACCAAAGAUACAUAUUUGAUGUAAUGAUGAUAAUGAUGAUGACAACGAUAAUGAUAAUGAUGAUUGUUGCAUUGUUGGCUGUCACACCUCACAGUUAAGAAAGACUUAACUCAUAUAUCAAAGUGUCUCUCUUGGUUGGGUAUUUUUUCCCCUUAAUUUUAUUAUAUUCAAGGGGGAGCUGGGGGAGGGGGGAGGGAGUGUCUUGCCUGUUAUGGACACAACAUCCAUGGAUUAAAAACACUCUUGUUCACAUUAUUUCCAGCCAAGUGAAACAAGAUGAGGUCUGAUAGUUAGGUAGGAGGAUUUGGUGAAGGUGAGAAUAUUCUCACUCUUAUGACCACUUAUUUUCCAUGCCUGUUCUGUUUCAGGGGUCUAUUUAUAAUCGAUGACAAAGGGACUCCACGACAGAUCACAAUGAAUGAUCUACUGGUAUGUUGUAACUGUACAUGUAUGACUGUAAUUGUACCGUGAAUUUGUACCGCGAGUUUCAUGGAGUUGUGCGUCUACAGUUAAUCGUUUUUGAUACGCUAAGAAAGUUUAUCUGUCCAUCCGUAUAAUUUGAUGUGAGUCUGGCCCUCGUCCAUUGUCACGAGGUAGAAAUGUCGGAUCAUGUGUACUAUAGGUGGACUCGGUCGACAUAUCGGGCGACAGUCGACCGAUAUGUCGGUCGACCGAUGAUCAACCGAUAUAUCGACCGACUGUCGGCCGAUAUGUAGCGAUCAACUGCUGGUCAAGUAGCGGUCAAGUAUCGGUCGAGGAUCGGUCGAGGAUCGGUCAAGUGUCGGUCAAGUAUCUGUCAAGUGUCGGUCAAGUAUCGGCCAAGUAUCGGUCAAGUAUCGGCCAAGUAUAGGUUCACUUAUCGACCAUAUCGCUCAGAAGAAAAUAGGCUAAGAAAGAGUGCGAGGUUUUUUCGAUAUAUGUUCCGAUUUGGUAAUGGAAAAAUACAUUAUAAAGUUGGUCGCUCUUGUGUAACUAAUGUUGUACCUUAACGUAUUUCCAUUAUUCCUAAAACUACCCGGCUUAUGCUUUAUCCCUGAUGUCAUGCUGCCCUUAAUCCAACAUACCUAAAAUGAUUAUUAUUCCUUAGCUCUUAUAGCUCUAACAGGUCCUUAACGUUAUAUUGCUUGUACAACGUUACCGAUAUUAACUGUCCAGUUUAUGUCGGUAAUAGGAUCCACCUAAAUUGUAUCAGCUAAAACUGCAGUGUGUAACUGCCCUGCUAAACGAAAAGUAAAUGAUCUUUUGAAACUAAACUAGGCGGUUAAACUCAUAAGCAAAGCGAUUUUAUAAAGACUUCUUUUUGCAGUGCGAGGUCAGCCGUUGUUUGUUUGUUUUUUCAUGAUUGUUAUUUUACCUAGAAUAAGGCGUCUUUUUGGGGGUUUGGGCCUUAACAACGGUAUCAAUUUUUUUUAUCCUUAAAUAGGGAACUCCGCGGCACCCACCUAUCGGAAAUACAGUACUAAUCCGCUUAUAAGAACCUAGAAUUCACGAACCUGUUAGCCUAAAAAUAUCAAUUUAGACCCCCUUUACAUAAGAACCUAUUUAGCCUAAAUUUGAAACAGGUUCCUGUUUUAGAAAAUAAACCUUAAAGAUCUUCAGGCAAAGAUAAAAGACAUGACUCUCAAAAGUAGUGAACUUAAACAUGUAUGAACUAUAAAAAUCUCUAAAUUUGGUAUAAAUAGUGUAUGAAAAACAGUAGUAUGUACAUGUUGGUUUUGAAUUAGAAUUCACAUGAGUACACCCUACGAAUACAUUUAGAACUGAGAACUCAGAUUCUUAUAAGCGGGUAAGUACUGUAGUUUGACUUAUUAAAAUAAAAUCAAGUCUGCAAUGAAUAUCUAGUUGUCUUUGCCUCCAGAUAAUCCUCUUGCCAUUUGGAUUAAAAAUUCUCCAAACAUCGCAUAGCUCCAAAUUCUCUAUCGCAUUUUGCACUACCUUUAAAGCGUUCUGAUGUGUUCUGGCGAUGCCAUUUUUUCAGAGAAAAUUGAGAGAGUAAAAGACAUCCUAAGCAGCUGGUCUGCUAGGAGACUUACUCUUCUAGGUAAAAUCAUGAUAAUAAAAGCUUUGGCAGUAUCCCAAAUUGUACAUGUUUUAACCUCUCUUCCAACGCAUCAGGGUGCACUUAAGGAAAUCGAUACCCUGCUAUAUGACUUUCUCUGGGAAAGCAAAGGGGACAAACUUAAAAGGACACAAAUGAUCAAUGAUUACGAUAAAGGAGGCCUCAAGAUGAUAGAUAUUCAAAGCUUUAAUAAAUUGCUAAACAAAAAGUGGGUAAAUGGAAACUUCUCGUAGACUUCCACCUCCAGAAGUGUAGGGGGAAAGUAAUGUUUUUAAAGUGCUACUACGAUCAAACUAUCCAUAUCCAUUUUUUAUAAUUUCGUGUAAAAUAUGACUGUCUAAAAUACCUUGCUAAAUAUCAAUCCAUUACGACCAUCAGAAAUCUUUUUUUUUAUUUGUAUUUUUAUUUCCGAGAAGUUGCAGUCGCCAUUUCUUUAUCUCAUUCCAAUUAUAGCCUGGUUGAGAAUUAGGGAAAAUGACGUCAAAUGCUCAAAAUACCUCGCGUAAAAUAACUUGAGUGUGCUAGACUAUUGCAAUGUUUGAAUUUAUUACAGGUACAGUAAAAAACCCUUUUUUAAGAACCUAGAUUUUAAGAAAAAAUAGAUUAACUGAAAAUGUUAGACAAAAAUUGUGCAUUAAAACUCCUUUUACACGAGAACCUGUUUUAGCCUACAACUUUGAAACAGGUUCUUUUUUUUGAGAAAUUCAGUCAAAGCAACAACACCGUUCCAUGUAUUAAUGUUGCGUUUUGUUCUGUUUAUCUUGGAUAGCUUUGUAAACUUGGUAAAUAUAUGCUUGGAUUUUUAACAUAUUAUGCAUACAAUACCAAAAAUAGGCCACGCCCUCCAAUGACAAACAACUCAUUUAUUUUGAAAACUAGACUGCGAGCAGAGGGCGCGAUCGACGAGCGGUGAGCGGCCAAGCUGCGAUCUCUUUUCGCUGUGACAGGCGCCCCUGCUUCUCGCAGAUCACGGCCUCGCCCCUCAUCGCUCGUCGAUCACGUCCGCUUUUUCCCCGUUCGUUCCAGUGGGAUUUCACAGCAAAAGAGACUGCUCGCAGUCUAUUUGAAAACAAGAACCUGUUAAAGAACCUGAGUAGCCAAAUUUUCCAGUUAAGCACCAUCUUUUAUAAUAACCUUCUUAGCCUUGCUUGGGAAAAAAUUAGGUUCCUAUUAGCGGGUUUUUACCGUAUAUGCUUCUGAGUCUAAAAUUGAAAAAAAAACCAAAUUUCACCAAUGUUGCACUAAGGUCACAAGAACUGUCCCGUUUCGGGGGAGGGGGGUACUCCCGUAAAUUUUGAAUAAGUGUGUGCCUCGAAGAGUCUUGAACCCUGUCCCACUUUAAGGAUGAAACAAACGAGAAUUGUCCAAACACGAAAUAUGACACCCUAUUCAAGGAAAAACAAUAACCAAACAACGGCUAACCACGCGCGGCAAAACACAAAUCUCGAUAAAAUCGCUUUGUUGACAAUUUUAGCGGAAUUUGCUUUUUAUUUAGCUGGCCAUUUACACACUGCAAUUUUAGCCGAUACAAUUUACAUAUCCUAUCUAAAGAUCACAACGGAAACACAAUGCCAACAGAGGCAAAACGAUAACCGCCAAAACCAUACCCUAUCCCGCGGCACAUACAUGUAUAUGGGAGUACCCCCACCUCUGGGUAUUUAAAGUGGAUAUUGUUCUGCAAUGUCCUCCAUCAACCGUCCAAAACAGCCAUUCGGCUGAAGCUCACCAUGCCAUCUUCUCCACAUGAAUUCCUUGAGGUAUUCUUGUAGGAAGUUAGGAUUUGUGUUCCCCUUUUUAUCUUCUUAAAUUUGUCCUUUGCUGCAGACCGAUUGCUCUCUGCGUGUUGUGUGUGGACACCGGUGAUUGGGUCUACAAAGUUAACCGAGUGAUUAACCGUUUGAUGAUUGAAACCCAAGACCCUUUGUAUUUGCCUGUAUGCCGCCCAUACAUCAGUAUAAACCAAAGAGCCUGGUUGUACGUGUCUUUGGAUAAUGGUCAAAAGAGUACGCGAAUCUCGCCUUCUCACAAGCUGUAAAUACGGUCGAGCGGGGUCAUACUGUGUCAAAAAGCCCAAGAACCCAUCUCUCUCCUCGAGGUCGACGUCCCCUUUCUUUGCCCCGUGAGGACUCCCAAAUUUCCUUUAAAAGGGUAGUAACCCAGGGGGAUUUAUUGUAUCGGCAGUAUUGCCUUCUUCCAGCACCCAAACAUUUAUUUUAAAAAAAUUAUAAUUUAUAUUACGGGUGCUUCGCGGUUCACAUUCUAUAUCUAUAUCAUUUGAACCAAUGAAUACACCGAGCAGUAAAAACAAAUCAAAGGUUUCCGAGAAAGGUCCAAUUUCUCGUAUUUUACUUUGUUUUCACAAAUCAAAGGAAAGAAAGUCAAUUAAGCUUUCGCUAAAAUGCAUGCGAUCAAAAACCAUUUCCAUUUGAGUUUUGGAAUGUAAUUUUUUUUUGGAUGACAAACUGCAGUUACCAGUAUACAUCUUGUAUUACGGAGGACAGUAAGGAAAUUAACCAAUGUUUUUUAAAACACUUGCACACAGCCAUUGUUUUGCUCCAUUUUGUCGGACAAAUAUCUCGAAACAGUUGUAUCCCUAUAAAGUGGAUUUACAAAGCUACAGAACCUAAUACGAUCUAUAUUUUCAACCGUCACCACCAUUUAGUACACCAGCGUUGAAGACUAUAUCAUCGGAAAAUGAAAUUUCCUUACUCGCGGUCCAAUGGGAACAAACAGUGUUAGAAUUGUUUUGACGUUUACUAAAAACAGGCGCUUGAUAUAGAAUGAAAUAGAAAUCAAAACUUUAUGAGUGCGGCUGGAAGUAUUGCGAGUUCACUCUACCGACGUCCCGUUUGCCAUCAUGUCUCAAACUGGAGGUUUUUAACCCUUUAUAUAAAGAAUAAUGACAGCGGCGGCGGGAAAAAAAGUUAAAAUGCCAUUCAUUGUCCAAUGAAAUAAGCUUCCAAAGCACAGAUAAUAAAACCAAAUAUAACCUAACCUUUGAAAAGGGUGUAGUAAGUCUCCAACGCAAUAAACAUCGUGCGUUGUAGAUCUCAUAAUUUUGAUCUACUGUAAGUGAACACAGAUCCUUAAUUCUCACACCACAUCUACAUCUCCGGAAAAGUAACAGGCAAAGUCAAUAGGUUGAAUAUACUUGAAAAACUAGAGAGGGUAAAGGACCGUGCACUUAGGUAUGACAUGUAUUUAUAGAAAAGACCCUUCAUUAAGAAAGAAUGCUCAAUUUGAUUGGUUUACAAAACACAUUUAAGGGUCGUCUCACCCAAGAUAUGUUAAUUACGAUAGACAGAUGUUUUCAAAAGAAGACACCCACCACUACAGCUAAUUCAUUUCAAGUAAAGAACACGCAUCGUAAUUAAAGGGGCACAAAUAUGCUUUGAUACCUAAAGUUAGAUGUACAAAACAUGGUCUAAGGUCUCUUCGUUACUUCGCCGCUGUAAGGACUUGGAAUUCGCUGCCGGAGACGAUACGCGCUUUGGCCGGCACAAGAGAAAUUUAAAACUGGAUUCCAGACACGCAAUUUACAUCUAAAUUAUGAGGUAAUCAUAUUACUUAUUAGAGUUUUAUAUCUUUUAUCGUGGAAUAAACCCUCCUCCCCGGGGGGCAAUGAAUUAUCGACCAAGUAUCAGUGAAGUAUCGGUGAAGUGUCGGUCAAGUAUCGGUGAAGUGUCGGUCAAGUAUCGGUGAAGUACCGGUGAAGUAUCGGUCAUGUAUCGGUCAAGUAUCGGUCAUGCAUCGGUCAAGUAUCGGUCGUGAAUCGGUCAAGUAUCGGUCAAGUAUCGGUCAAGUAUCGGUCAUGUAUCGGUCGAGUAUCGAUGGUUUAAGACUAUAUCGGUCGACACAUUUAUCGGUCGACUGUCGGCCGAUAUAUCGGUCGACUAUCGACCGAUAGUCGGUCGACAGUCGACCGAUUGUCGGUCGAUUGUCGGCCGAUAGUCGAGCGAUAUAUCGGUCGACUGUCGCCCGAUAUGUCGACCGAGUCCACCUAUAGUACACAUGAUCCAAAAAAUCUACCAUAAAAUGUAUUCCAGUUUUAAGUUACAUUCAUUCCACAUGUUUUUGUAAAGUGUUAGAUUAUUACAAUAUAGUCAUCCAGGAGAGAACUUUUGAAUGAUUCCAUGGGUAAUCACAAAGAUAUAUAUUGCUACAGCAGUGUUCACCCUUAUUUUAAGCAUGAUUGGUAAUUUAAGGAAUUCUCAAAACAGCUAGUAGAGCAAUCCUUGUACCUGUUGAAUUGUUAAGAAUUCCCAGAGGUACCAGAGGCAAUAAAUAAGUUCCUAUAUUCCUUUCAAUUCUAGGAUAAACACUCCAAGGAAAGAGGGUGGUCUGGGAAGGCUUAAAUAUCCUCUGUUAUCUGACUUAAACCACCAAAUUGCUAAAGAUUACAGAGUACUGCUUGAGAAUGAAGGUCACACCCUAAGGUGAGGAUAUCUGUGUUUUGUAUUUCCUCAUGUUUCUGACUUUUUGUGUCUGUAGGCCAUUCUAUUUAAACAUGUGUUUAGUGUUUAUCAGCUGUGAUCCUCUUGGAAUAAUAAACAUUAUUCAACAAAGUGGAGGUGAAAUAGCUGGGGAUAUUAACUGAGCUGCAAAGCAGCUAGGUAAAUAUUUACCACUUUCACCUACAGUGAGGUAAAUAAUUAUAUUAGCGUGUACACUGUAUAUACCACACAGAAAUUUAAAAAAUCAGUACAUUUCUGUCAAUAUACAAAGAAAUGGUUGGAAAUUAAAUUUUUGAUGCAUGAUUCUGUUGCCUCGGCUGCUUGAAGGGGAAGAGUACUUGUUAAUCACUUUCAAGCCAGCCAAUCAGAGCACACAAUAAGCAUUAUUCAUCUGUGUGGUAUGUACCAAAAAAACGUAUUUGAUGUAAUGAUGAUGAUGAUAAUGAUGAUCAUUUAAUAGACCAUAUCUACUUGAACAAAGUAUUUCAUUAUCUGCAAUCUACCUAUUCUUGAUUUCUAAAAGCUGAACAUUUCUUUGUUAGUGCUACUACCCUGGAUCAAGAUAUCCAGUUUUGAGCACCUGACUGGCAUUACCUUGUUGCAUUGUUGGCUGUCACACCACAUAGUUAAGAAAAACGUAACUCAUAUACUGAAGAGUCUCUCUUGGUCGGAUGAGCCCCUUAAUAUAACUACUUUUGAGGGGGAGCUGGGGGGAGGGGGGGGGGAGAUGUUCCCGUAAUGGACAUUACAUCCAUGGAUUAAAAGCACACUCAGACCAGGUCUGAUCAGGUUGCUAUACUUUGCUUCCUUCAUGGUAUAUAACAGGUCUGAUAGUUAGGCAGGGGAGAUUUGGUUAAGGUGAGAAUAUUCUUACUUUUAUAACCACUUUUAUUACAUGCCUGUUGUUCUAUUUCAGGGGUCUAUUUAUAAUCGAUGACAAAGGGACUCUACGACAGAUCACAAUGAAUGAUCUACCGGUAUGUUGUAACUUUACAUGUAUGACUGUAAUUGUACCGUGAAUUUCUACUGCGAGUUUUAUGUAGCUGUUUGCUUCUACAGUUAAUUGUUCUUGAUACGCUGAGAAAAUUUAUCUGUCUAUUCACAUAAUUUGAUUCGAAUCUGGCCCUCGUCCACUGUCACGUGGUAAAAAUCUCAAGCUCAUUGUUUAAGUGUUAAGCAGUGGGGAUCCCUUUCCUUUUAUUUUGUGACGUUUUUAUUAUUUCAUUUGAAAAAUAGUGAUAUUUCGAUUUUGAUUUGGACAAGGGAGAAAAAAAGCUUAGUAGAUAGUAUCAAGAAAAAAGGCUCCUGGUGUCCAGUCUCCUGAUUUUUUUGCGGUUCGCGGUCUUUGGCUUUAUAAAGUGUGAAGUACUAUUUAUAACUUAGCUACUCAAAGAAGUAAAUCUAAACUGGUUAUUUCGCAGGUGGGCCGAUCAGUCGACGAGACUUUACGUUUAGUCCAGGCUUUCCAAUAUACUGACAAACACGGGGAAGUUUGUCCGGCCGGUUGGAAGCCUGGUAAAGAGACGAUCAUACCUGAUCCAACAGAAAAGAAGAAGUACUUUGCAAAACAGACUGAAGGAGAAGAUGAGGAAGAGAAGAAAUAA